GUACGCAUGGCUGCCAACCUUUGACAUUAACUUCCGCAGCUCAAAUGUUGAUGAUGGGAUUAAAGGGCAGCACCAAGGGUUGUGAGGAGUCCCAGACCCGUGGUGCCUGCAGCAGUCAGGGCCAGACAGGGCCCCGUAAAUAACCGCGCUGACAGCAUGCCCUCUUGGCCGAAUCUCUCGGAGUUCCUCUCCCAUAACUGCUGCUGGGAGGAGACCAUCAACGCAACAGGAACCGCUGAGCAGCCUCCUCUCAAUUAUUACUCUAUUCCCUUGCUCACGGGCAUCACCAUCGCCUGCACGCUCCUGUUUCUGGUCGGGGUGACAGGGAAUGUCAUGACAAUGUUGGUGGUCAGUAAGUACCGGGAUAUGCGCACCACCACCAACCUGUACCUGUGUAGCAUGGCCUUGUCAGACCUUCUCAUCUUCCUCUGCAUGCCACUGGACCUCUACCGUAUGUGGAGGUACAGGCCCUGGCGUUUUGGGGCCGCACUCUGCAAGCUCUUUCAGUUUGUCUCGGAGUCAUGCACUUACUCCACCAUCCUGAGCAUCACUGCUCUGUCAGUGGAGCGCUACCUGGCGAUCUGCUUCCCACUGCGCGCAAAGGCACUUGUUACCAAGAGGCGGGUUCGUGCCCUAAUUUUUAUUCUCUGGACAGUGUCUGUAAUGAGCGCAGGGCCCGUAUUUGUCAUGGUGGGAGUGGAGCGUGACAGCAUGUCGCCACAUUUUAGCCCUGAAAUGAAUGAGACUGGCUACUUCCUGGAGCCCGGGGACACACGGGAGUGUAAGAUCACGCACUUCGCAGUGGAGUCAGGCCUGAUGGGGGCCAUGGUGUGGCUGAGCUCUGUUUUCUUCUUCAUGCCGGUCUUCUGUCUCACAGUGCUCUACAGCCUCAUUGGUCGUCGGCUGUGGCAGAGACAUAGAGAGACAACCAUCAGCUCCCGUGUGGCUGUAAGAGACAAAAGCAACAGGCAGACCAUCAAGAUGCUGGUUGUGGUGGUGCUUGCCUUUGUCCUCUGCUGGUUGCCGUUCCAUGUGGGCCGGUACCUGCAGUUUCGCUCCCUUGACGCACCGUCCCCGCUGCUGUCUGUGGUGUCCGAGUACUGCAGCCUGGUGUCCGUGGUUCUCUUCUACCUGAGCGCCGCCAUCAACCCCAUCCUCUACAACACCAUGUCCUGGAAGUACCGGUGCGCAGCGGCACGUCUCUUCGGCCUGACAGACAGCCAGCCGCCCCGAAGCCGAACAGCCAGCACCCUGAAGGGAGACGGCUUGAACGGCUGGACGGAAUCCACUGUCAGCUUCUAAACGCCUUGAUAUAAUUAGAAACACUCUCAGUCAUGCGUUAAAAACAUUGACUUAAAGCCAUUAUUCCUGUCAACAACAAAAAAACUGCUCUGUACAUGAGCGAGGCAAUUGUUUGACUGGGACAUAAAGAAACAGAGGAUGAGAAAAGUUGCAUGCCUCUAUCCACUUUGUAAACCUGCAUUAAUAUAAUUUCAAUUUCUGUUUGUUGGAUCGUUUCAGCAAGUGCCCUGAAGUAUUCAUCAACACACUCAGCAGCAUUUCAUAAGCUCGACUGGUGGAGUGCAAAAUACACACCAGCCAAAAGUGCUUUUAUUGAUCCAAAUGUGAACAUAGGUGCGUUCUUGCCCGUCUACACUCAUAUAAAUAAAUAUAAUAGACGUCUACAAUUGCCUUAUUGUAUUCAUACUCUGGAUGACA